AUGGCUGUUGCGUUGACACAAAUCCAAGAUGCCUCUACAGGCAUCAAAUCCCCACAAUCCUUAAAGCCUGGCGGGUUGAACAAUCAUGCACAGUCAAGUGCAUGUGAUGCGCUACUCAAUAGCACCGCAGCAGUGUUCGAAAUGUCCGCGGACAUGGCCCUGGAUAUCCUUUCCAGCAAUAUGGACCGCCUCAACGCCCUGGGUGCAGAUGCGCCUACAAAUCCAAACUCUUUGAGUGCCACCCCGUCAGGGAUGCGAACACCAGCGGGAGGAGAUACGCCUCUGCCGACGGUUGGAAUCCGUAGUGGUGGGCCAGCAAGCUCACCUGAACAGGCGCGAGAAGAAGCUUUCCAGCUCGCGAUACUAUCCCGCAAAUUUCUCUCCAAAAAGGUGCCGCCGAUCGCUUUGAAGGACUAUAUCCAGCGCUUGCACAAAUAUUGCCCUAUGUCCACUGCCGUAUUUCUUGCAGCCAGUGUCUAUAUAUCCCGCAUGGUUCUGGAAGAGAAGCUUCUACGGGUCACGCCCAAGAAUAUGCACCGGCUCGUCCUCGCAGGGCUGUAUGUUGCCACCAAGGCACUCGAGGAUUCAAGCUAUUCACAUAGUCGCGUCGCCAAAGUGGGAGGUGUGAGCGAACAGGAACUCUCUAAAUUAGAGAUCACAUUUUGCUUUUUGGCUGACUUCGAGCUCCGGGUGGAUGCCCAAAUGUUGAUGGAAGAGGUGAAACUCCUAAGCCAACCUGCAGACUUGAGCAAUUCAUAA